AUGCAUGUUGCAAAGACCAUCAAAGUACUGUUCCUCCUAACGAAUCAUUUGAUCGCCGCGUAUACCCCCAGCGAAGCCACUUUACUUUCGCAACGUGUCCACAGGGGUACGGCAUCCGAUCUCGAUAUCUCACAGCCAGGCUCCGUGCUGGGCCGCGAAGCUCGAUUUCCCUUAGUUAACAGACAAGCGGGAAAUGGAGAGAGCUGUGAAAGAAAGGCUCGAUGCAAGAAGAACAAGAUUCGAGACCCGUCCGACCCGACCAAAUGCAUCAAGUGCCCACCGCUCAUGAAGUCGGAUCCCACGAAGACAGUAUGCAUCAGAGACAAAGAUGUGAGUGAGGAGGACAAGAAGAAAACCUACGAAGACAAAAUCAAGGAGAAGAUCAAGGAAAAGUUUGAGAAGUUCAAGGACAUGAUCAAAGAGCGCCUGGAGAAAAAGAAAGAAGAAAAGAACAAGGAGUGGGAGGAAAAGGACAAACAGAGACGAUCUGGAAGAAACCAGAAAAAGUUUCGCCGUAUGGCUGUAUGUCUUCCUCUUACUGCCGCUGCCAUUGGUACGGAGGCCAUGCUUGAGAUGGCUGACGGCGGCUUCUCAUUGGACUUGCUGGACAGCAUCAACGGGGAUAUGCUUGAAGUAUGGCCUGGUCCUGAUAUCGACGACGAAUGGCUGGAAAACGCGGUGCCUGACGAUGAGAGCGAUAUCGUUCAAGAAGACUUUGCGAAAGGAUUUCUGGAGGUUGGCGACGCGGCUGCUGAGAAUGCAAAGCGAUCUAUGGAGAAAAGAGACGGCACCACCGACAUCAACUCCACCGACAUCAACUCCACCAACAUCAACUCCACCGACAUCAACUCCACCAACAUCAACUCUACCGACAUCAACUCCACCAACAUCAACUUCACCAACAUGAACUCGACUUCACCGCAAGAAAGCCCAUCUACUGAAAAACGAAACUUUAUCAACGCCAUUGCCAACCUGUUCAGGUCGGCUGUCGAUGCUGUUAUAUCCGUAGCUAAGGCAAUUUCCAGAACGGCCGGAGCGGCUGCCCGUGCUACGAAAUUCUUCUCCAAUGGUCGAAAACCAAAUUUGAAGCAGCCAGGUGAGUCGAAGUGGUCUCGUGCACAGCAGUUAGACAAGGCCAAAGAAAUAUCGAAGAACAAGAAUUGGACAAGAUGCCUUCGAGGUGAGAAGGCUGAGAAGUAA